AUGAGUGCAGACGCGCAGUGUCUCUUCGUCUGGGCUGUCUUGACAGAGCACGGCUUUCAGUCUUUUCUUUUCACAGAAUACUUGGGGACCAGUGCAGCCACAUCUAUAGGCUAUCCCCUCCUGGACCGUGAUUUCGGCAUCUUCCGGUGUCCCCAUUGCCCGAGGAGGUUCAGGCACCAGGGCCACCUCCUCCGGCACAUCAAGACCGCCCACAUUAGGGAAGCCGAGCGCCCGUUCCCGUUCCUCUGCGAACAGUGCGGCCUCAAGUUUGACCAGAGAGAGGGCUUCCUGGAGCACCUGUCCACCCAUGCCAGCAAUUCCGCCUACAAGUGCCGGCACUGCUCGGCGUCAUUCUUCAGCGAGUUUCAGCUCAUGGUUCACAGGCAGAAGUGCCAUCCAGUCAAGUGUCCGCCGUACCCGCGGGCCAGCUCAGAGGGUCCGCCAGCAGACUGGAAGGCAGCAGCUGUCAAGGAAGAGCCGUACCGCUGCGAACGGUGUACCGAGACGUUUGAUCAGCCGUCGCUGCUGAUGAGGCACCGGCUGACACACCACACCAAUAUGGAGUUGUUUCAGUGCCACCUCUGCCCCAAGGACUUCAUCAGGAAAGGACACCUUGCGCGGCACCUUCGUACCCACACGCCGCCACCGCCGUAGAUGAUUACCCGCUCGCUUUAUUUCGUCGGACUGUUUAACGGUUGUCGGAUUACUUCCUAGGGCGUGGCCCUCCUUGAAUGAUACUGGAAAUGAUCAUCAGGCGUCAAAGGGACGGUGUGUUGUGAAUCAUGCCCAGGGGCACUACUAGGUGAUUAAUGACAUCUGCUGAUGGACAUUGCUGUUCUGCUGUUGGCAGUUUUUUUUCUUCUCUCGUUUGCUCGGAAUCUGAUGGUAUACUCCGCUCACCCCUAAGUUGAAAAUGAGUGGAAGCUACAUCCGCGUUGGACCAGUCAUACGCCUCUCUUUCGCCACGUCAUCAUGCUCCUGUCCAUACUCACGUGCAGAGAGCCAGGUCAGGUGAUAAAGGGGAGGCGGCUGACUGGUCCGGCCGGCACGUAGUUCCCACCACAGUCUAACUUAGAGUUAAACGGAGUGUGAGAUCUGAAUGUGUGGAAGUGUUGCCAAAGAUGAAGGAAGUUUGGGGUUUGCCAUUUGGGUUGGAUAUGUGCCAAUUUUCUCUUGGGAUCUGGGUGUCGUCGUUUUUCUGUCGAUAAGUAAAUCAUAUGUAAAGAUAUCUUGUCCCUUACGCUUCACAAUUGAUGGCUGGUGGGUCCUCUGUGAUUUGUGCCAAAUGCGACGAAAUGUGUGCUGGGUCUUUACGGUCAAGGUCAAACAGUUCUCACCUCCAUGCUUGAGGGCUGGAUUGCGAUGCAAGGCCCACAUGUUCAAUGCCUUCCGUCAUUACACCACUGUUUCAAACUUUGCAUCAGUGUUGACAGUACACUCUUGUGUGACUGGGAACUGUCUUGAAGUGUCAGAAAACGUGCUGGUGAUAUCAGUUGUCUUUCUCAUCUUUUCUUUAUUUUCAUGAUUGUUGUGGCAAAGACCCAGUUGUAGCAUCAUUUUGUUCAUACAUCCAGUUAUGGCUGCUGAUCAUUUGUAAUUGUGCGAGUGCCCACAGGGUGCGGUCUUUAUUUAAGCUAAUUUAAUGUGUUGCUGUAUGGCCUUCCUGGCUUUUACCUUUGGUAAAUCAAAAUGUACAGUGCAAGUGGUAACCUAUGCCAUUCUUUUGGUUUUGCUGAAUGCCCUUGCUUACAAUGGAAAGAUCACACCCUGUCUUGUUCUGUAUAAGUCCCAGCUUGAAAUGGGACGAAGGCACUAAGGCGGACCGUGCCGCUUUUACUUUGGUUCGUGAAGCUUGGCAACCAGCACUUUCAGAAUUUUAUUUGUGGCUCAUAAACCGUUCUAUGGGAGUCAAGGCCAUCUAUCGGAGAUUCAUACUUGAGAGUGAAUAAUGGACAAGGGGCUCACAGACUGGACAGGAUCUCAAGAUCUCAUCCUCAUGUGUUUCUCCCUGCAUAAUUCUUCAGUCGCCAAGUUUUUGUCAUGUCACAUUUAUAUCAACUCGUCUGCACUUUCUGCCUUUUACUGAACACUUUUGUACCCGCACCUUUAUAUAUUAGCUUUUCUGGCUGCCCUGGCAGAAACACCGACUAUUUCUUGUGGUAUGGAUCUUGAUGUGGCUGUGGCUAUAUGAAAAUAUGACACCCAACUUCCAAGAAUGCAUUGCACUUUAACAAUUUGGCAGACAUGUUGUAAAGAGACUCACUGAGCUGCUGCAGCUUUUCCUUUAAUCGAUUAAAUUGCUAAUGUCAGCACAUCGAUAUAUGAAAAAAAAAGAAGAAAACUUUAGCUUAUUCGAGUACAAGUUGAAAAAGGCAGAGAGAAGAGUUUACAAUGGAUCAAUGUCAUUAUACUUUCCUUGAUGUUUUUGUUAGAUGCUCCAGUGGCUGGGUGUGUACUGGCAAAUCGUCUUCGUUUAGAAAUCGUUGAACGGGGGAGCGGUCAGCUCAUGCUACGGUUGUACGCAACAAUUUCCGCUGCUGCUACUAAGUACUGCUACUGUUUCUAUAGCUCCCUGAACCAUUUUUACUACCACCACUACCAAGUUCUACGACUGUUUGCGAAGGUUACAUUGAUAGUUUAAAACCAGAACUUAUUGCGCCUGUGGCUAUUCACUCUAGGUUUUAUUGAAAAGUAAAGUUUAUGAAUAAUGAUGGUCCGUCAUAUGACGGUUCGAUCAAAUAUCAAGUAUGCAACAUAUUUUGCUGGGACAGUUCUUAUGGGACCUAGCAUUUUAGCACGCCUGUGCUACAAAACGUUUUCCGAAUUCCCGGUGUGAGAGCAUUUUGGCAUGAAGUUCCGUGGGCGUGGCACGAGUGAGUGCAAACGUUCCUUGGAGCAACUCACUGAAUCCUUUUGUCUCCAUUGAGCAACAUGCAGUGACUUAGAGUGAGUUCCCAAAACAUUGCUUUCGUUCCCACUGUGAAUUAUCUUUCGCCCCAAGUUCGUACAAAGGUCCUUCUCCCCUCCCUUCCUGACGGUACCCUUUGUUUCCUCGACUUUCCUAUCGAGGAAUGAUCGAACUGGGCCUCUGUCUUCCGAAAGUGUUGGGGACGCAAAAUGUUCUUGUGUUUUCUAUACUAUAAAGCAACCAUUUGAUGUCUCCUGUUGCUGCAAAGUACAGAGCUACUAGGCAUAAGCUGUUCCAUUUGUCUAGAAUGGGUCUUCUUUACGUAAAACGCAGGCCACAUUUGAGACCUCAAAAAAUGAUGUUACUCAAGUAUUGCUCAGAUGUCUAGUCAUUGAAAUCGUUCACAAUUGUGGCACUCUUGAUUCUGAGCAAGAACUUUGGCCUUUCAGUGUAGCUUUGCUGUGUCAUAGCAGUGCCUUUGAUGUAUGUAGCGUUGGUGUUGACAGUAUAUGGUUCCAGCAUUUCAUAAUAAAUCUAAUUUUUUAUCCGCCA